ACUUCACGAUUUCCUUUGUCGCGCGGGUUUGUUAUGGUUUGACCUCACUCUUUAACAUUUUUGGCUCGGAGUGUUUUGGGGAAAAAACAUUAUACCAUGUUUUAAGUGUGAUCUGAUUUGUAUGCUGUAGGCCUACUGUGUGGUGCUUUCUACAACAUGGAUGUUAUGGAGUGGAUGAUAGUAGCUGUAUUACUCAUUGUAAAUUUUACACAAGUGACCCAAGAACCACUUCAGACAUAUUUUGAAAAUAGGAAGAGUUUUCUGCAAGCAGAAGCAAAGCGAAGAACUGGUGGCACAAUCAAGCUCAAUGAUCAGGAGUUAAAAGUCAACAAGAUUCUUAUGGAUGUCAAAAAUAAGGAGUUUGAGGCAGCUCUUUCUGGUGACCAGUUUGCUCCAGCACAGCAUUUUUUCAAGGCGAAACAACUAAUUGAAAAGAGCCAAGUGUAUAAACUGAUUAAAAAAAUGCCAAAAGGUGGUGCUUUACACUUACAUUCUAUCUCACUCACAACCAUCGACUGGGUGAUAAAGAACAUCACAUACAUGAGUAAUCUUUAUUACUGCGUCUCAUCAGAUCAAGCCCAGUCUUUGCGAUUUGAAUUCUUCUGUAUACCACCAAAAGUUGCAAAACCAUCAUGCAGUAUGUGGCAGAAUGUCUCAGCUGCCCGAGUGUCUUUUGGGGAGAAAAACUUUGAUGAAUGGCUUUUUACCAAGAUGACAAUGUGGACCGAUGAAGAUCCCCUGAAAGUUUAUCCAAAUUCAACUGCAGCAUGGACAAAAUUUCAGUCUUGCUUCUUUUCAAUAAACGACCUGACGAAAGAUGCAAAUGUUUUUGAGAUGUACUUAUGGCAAGCCUUGUGUGAAUUUAUGGAAGACAAUGUGCAGUACAUGGAGAUGAGAAGUUUGAUUCAACAGUUAACUACAACACAUGGGACCUUAUAUCCGAUUGAAUACACGAUGCAGCUGUUUGCCAAAACUGUGGAUCGAUUUGUUGCUACUUAUCCUGGCAACUUCUCUGGAGCUAAGCUUAUUUCAUCUCCACAAAGAGAAAUACCUCGUGAAACUGUGAAGGCGAGUAUUAACUUAGCUCUGAAGCUACGUGAUUCAUUUCCAGAUCAUUUUGCUGGCUUUGAUCUUGUGGGUGAGGAAGACACUGGGUAUCCACUUUUUUACUACAUCAAUGAGUUGCUCAUACCAUCUCAAACCAAUCGCAGUCUUCCGUAUUUUUUCCAUGCAGGAGAAACAGAUUGGGAAGGAACAGCCAUUGAUGAUAAUCUUAUUGAUGCACUUCUGCUGAACACCUCUCGAAUUGGUCAUGGAUAUGCAAUUACCAAACAUCCAGUUGCUAUGGAGAUGGCAAAGUCAAAAGGAAUUGCUUUGGAGAUCAACCCAAUAUCAAAUCAGGUGCUUCAUUUAGUUGGAGAUCUUCGUAAUCAUCCAGCAGCAACUCUUGUCUCUCAGGGCUUUCCACUUGUGAUAAGCUCCGAUGAUUUUCCAAUCUUGUGCUCUGAUCCGUUGUCUUUUGACUUCUAUGAAAUGUUCAUGGGGCUUGCUGGUGCAAAAGCAGAUCUUGCAACAUUAAAACAGCUGGCACAAGACUCAAUCAGAUACAGUGUUAUGACAAGUGAUGAGAAACACAAGGCUUUGGCACUGUGGGAUAAGAAAUGGCAGGCGUUUUUGGAUGAAGUGCUAAUGAUUUGAAGAUGAGCCACGUUAUACUACAAUGAUUACAGCCAUACAUGCCAAAGAAUGUAGAAUGGCACCAAUUGAAUCACUUAAAACUCAAGCUGUGUUUAUCACUUCCUCGAUUUGGACUCUACCUCGGUCUAACCCUCGGAGCAGCUGCAGACAAAAAAUACAUGCUUGACCCACUGGAUACGAACGGAAGGCAGAUUGUGUUACGGCUGUGUCACAAGUGUCACGGCUGGGGAUCUGAACAUAACCUCUGAGCACCCAUGGGAAAAACUUACAUGCUUGACCCACUGGAUACGAACGGAAGGCAGAUUGUGUUACGGGUGAAUAACUGUGUUUGUGAGGGGCACAAUUCUUGUUCUAAUGGUCUGAACAGAUGAAUAGAUGUUCCCUGGACCCCCACACUAAAGAUUGAAGCAUCCUGAAAAUUGACAUUUUGGUUCACUGCUAAUAGGCUGAUUUCAAUGGAUAACUUUGUGUGCACACAGUAGGAUUUUUGUGGGUCCAUUUUAAUGGGUCCAUAAUUAAUCUGCCAUCUCACACUAUUUUGUCAAUCUCUUGAGUUACCCACCAAGAAAUCACUACAGUAUUUGAAGAAUGAUACAAAGGUUAGCGGAAUUGAUUCACACGUUUUAUAGUUAUUAAGAUAAGUAUGAAGCUAGUCCUUCCGCCCACACCCCUCAGCUUCUCUAAAGGUUAAUGCUUUAAUGUUGUCUGUACACUUUUGUUGAACCCUUCCAAUGUAUGUUGUUAGCAUAGAGCUAUAUAUACAUGCAUUGACUAGAGCGCUAACUUGCUCUGCGUUUUGAAGCCACCCUGGGCGC